ACAUGUUUACGUAGAUACAAAACAACUUAAACAUUCUACCGUGCAAACAUUAAUCAUGGCCGGACAAAUUUGGAUAGACAAGUUCUACAAAUGUAUUUUUGAAAAAGAUAUCGAUACGUUUCGAAAGACUUGGUAUCAUACUGUGGACAUGAAACCUCAUCACAUUCGCUUAAUCGUCCGUAUGGCAACCAGACAAGGAUUUGUUAAAGGACUUCGCUUCAUAGUACAGGAACAAGGUGCAGGUUGUCUAGAUCUAGAGAAAAGUGAUAAUAUGUUCCAUGUUGCUUGCAAAGCUGGACAAGUUGAAGUCGUGAAGUACCUAAUAACUCUAGAGGAAUUUGACAAAAGUACAACAGUUUUCAAUAGUGAUUUUUGGUAUUUUAUAUCCAUUUCGUCAGAGACAAAUAGUAUCAAAGUGAUCAGUGUGUUACUUGCCAUUGGAAAACUUGACAUUAAUCAAACCUCACCAGAAGGCGUUUCUCUACUUUUCAGAGCAAUUGAAAAUCGCAAAAAACGACUUUCAGAUUAUCUUAUUGAGCAAGGAGCCAAUGUUACAUUUGUUGGUACAGGUAAAGGAACGGGGUUAGGAAAUAUCAGCUGUGUUUGCCUCUCAGCAAUGAAAAUACCAUCUCUUCUCCCCGCUUUGCUUGAAAGAGGAGGAAAAGUUAAUGAUGUUUACGAAAAAACUGGACAGUCAAUUUUGAUGUUGGCAUUUGAAAAUGAUGCAGAUCGAAAGACAGUAGAAGGCAUUGUUCGCGCUGGAGCAAACUUAAGCUGGAAAGACAAAUAUGGAAGGACAGUUUUUUCAAUGUUAAAAUCAUUAGGUCAGUUAUAUGGGGUAUUGGAUGCAGGGAUCACGAUAGAUGAUAUUGAAAAACAAUACAAUUUUUCUACGUUGGAUUUCAUAUUGAAGUGCCGCAUUUAUGAAAAGAAAGAUCUUUUACUCCUGUUAGAGAAAGGCGCCAAUCCUAACUUUUACGGUGACGGUGAAACGUCCUUGCUUACUAAUGCAUGCAGAAGUCCAUGUCGAUCUGAGGAGAAUGUUCGAAUUCUAUUGCAGUACGGUGCAAAUCCAAAUCAUGUUGAUGAGAAAGGAUUUUCAGUUCUUCAAAACAUUUUGAAACAGAGUUCGAGUUGCAAAGCUGCUCUUCUUCUCCUUGACUUUGGAGCUAAACCAGGUGAUAAUUGUUUAUGGAGUAUGGUACAGGUAGCUUCAAGCGAUGACAUGUGGCUUAGUUUAGGAAAACGAUUGCUAGAGGAGGGUGCAGAUCCAAACGAAAAGUCAGAAGACAAACAAUCUAUCCUGUCAGUUGCUAUCGAAAGAAAAUGCGUUGAAUUGGCUGAAGAACUAGUAAGAUAUGGUGCCGAUAUCAACUACAUCGACCAUUUUGAUAGGUCUCCGUUGAAUUAUGCUUGUAGAUUAGGUAUAGGGUGUAGAGAAUUAAGAUGCUUAAGCACGCUCCUAAAAUAUUCAGUAAAGCUGGACAUUAGACAUGUCUUCGAGCACAUUGGUGUUCUGGGGAAAACUUGUGACAAAGCAUACUCUAGCAAUUACCAACACAUUUUCACUUUUGACGUAAAGGGUGUUUUCCAACUUUUUAUCGCCGGAGCUGAUUUGAUGAAUAAACAACCUGGUUCUUUUCCACUAGAAUGUCUUAGAAGUCUCGCAACUUAUGGAUUAUUUGAAUCCAUUAAAUUUUUUAUGCGUUGUGGCUGGAACAUAGACACAGAAAAAAGUUGGAUCAGAGGAUUUGAAAAUGAAGAAAAUUUUAGAUGUUCUUUUAUCGUUGACGAUGACAACUACACAACAGAAGUCAGUGUUGAAGACAGGGCUGCUAUAACAGCUGUUUUAAACGAAAUCGAGAAUGAACCAACAACUCUACAAGUCCUUUGCAGAUGUAGAAUUCGAAAACAGCUUUCAUCUCAUGGUCAGAGUAUUUUGCCAUUAAUUGAAGAUUUACCAAUUCCAACAAAACUGAAAUCUUUUCUUAAAUUUGAAGAUCAUGAAUUUCCCAAGAAUGAGACAGUGACAGUAAAUAUUCACAGAAACUACAGCAGCUACCGUUAUGAUGAUUAUUAUGAUGAUUAUGAUGACUACGACGAUUAUUACGAUAAUGAUGACAAUUAUUACGAUAAUGACCACCAGGAGAUGAUCUUUGAUACCGAAUCAGAUGAAUGGAUACCGAUAUGGUGGUAGAAGGACACAGGCAUUAUUAUGAACGGGUUCAAAGAAUGAAAAGGAAUACACCUGUUAGGAAAAGUAACAUUUUUCGCUGACGGGUACAAAACAUCAACGUUUUGAUUCUUUUUUAGUUUGAUAGCUGUUUUUACAAUUAUCACAGAAUUAUUGGGGGAAAAUUAUGUACAUUAUAUAUGUAAUUGACCCUAUUUGUUGUACAUGUAUUUUUAUCAGUUCACAUUAACUAAGAGCUCAUUUGAGUUCAAAUCUAUAUUAACACGAACUUUUCCAUUUUCGUCUUUAAGUUAGAAAAUCCAAACAACUUUGACAUUUUAUUUGUUCAAGGGGAAAUGAAGGGCCAUGAUUCAUUCUAUGAGGAGAUGUCACAGCAAAGGCAAAAUUAUUAUUAAGCCACAUAUUAAUUUGCCCUCAUUUAAAAAAAAUCUUUUAUGGAAUGAAAUACAUUUUUGGAAGUCUUACUACAUGUAUUUGUUUUUAUCGUUUUCGAUUUUAUUUAGAUGUUUAAUAUUAAAUAAAAAAUAUAUAUAUAUUUGGUGUAAAAACAUGUAGUUAUGUAUUGAAAUAAUUUGUAAUGUAUCUUUGCUUGAUUAAAAGUUGAGUAAAAAGUAUCAGUGCUUGUAGAUUUAGAAAUAAAUGUGAUGUUCAUGGUAAAGCAUUGGUGGUGUAUGCAAUUUUUAUA